UAUUUGCUGUCCUAAUUCCUCUGCAGGCAGAGCCGCUAUGCGCCAAACCACGAGCAACUUCUUGGGUAUGGAGCUCUCAACCUCCACAGCCAAUCCCUCUUUCUUCUUCAACCACAGCAGCAUCAGUUCCUUCCCUUUCAGCGAGUUCCUCUCACCUGGAACUCUUAAAAUUCCCCCAGUAUCCUCUGCGUCUCUUCUCCUACGCUCCAAACAUAGCCUUAUUUCCGGGGAUAAAAGGAGAAGAAUAAAAAGUCAUACCUUCUUAUCCCGGACUGCCCAUUUCAACCCCGUGGUCAAUGUUCAACUCAGUGACAUAGCAGCAGCUCAAGUGGAAGAGCCAGUGGAGGUUGAGGUUGCAGAGGGUUACACCACAACUCAAUUUUGUGAUAAGAUUAUUGAAGUCUUUUUAAAUGAAAAGCCCAAGGCAAAGGAAUGGAGGAAGUAUAUGGUGUUCAGAGAGGAGUGGAAAAAGUAUAGGGAAACCUUCUAUAAUCGGUGUCGUUCUCGUGCAGAUGCAGAAAUUGAUCCUACUAUGAAGCAGAAAUUGAUUUCACUGGGACGAAAAGUUAAGAAGAUUGAUGAUGAAAUGGAAGGACAUAGCGAACUUCUUAAGGAGAUCCAAGACAGUCCAACGGACACUAAUGCAAUUGUUUCACGGCGGCGUAAAGACUUAACAGGGGAAUUUUUCAGCUACCUCACUCUAGUGUCAGAGACUUACGACAGUUUGGAGGAUCGUGAUGUAAUGGCACGACUGGGGGCUAGAUGCUUGUCUGCUGUCAGUGCUUAUGAUAAUACCCUGGAAUAUGUGGAUACAUUAGAUGUUGCUCAGGCCAAAUUUGAUGAUAUCCUUGACUCUCCUUCAGUGGAUGUGGCAUGUGAGAAGAUUAAAAGCCUUGCCAAAGCAAAGGAACUUGAUUCCUCAUUGAUUCUGUUGAUAAAUAGUGCUUGGGCUUCGGCAAAGGAAUCCACAACUAUGACAAAUGAGGUCAAAGAUAUAAUGCAUUGCUUAUAUAAGGCCGCAAAGAGCAGUCUUAGGAGCAUUGCGCCAAAAGAAAUAAAGCUGCUUAAGCAUUUGCUGAACAUCACAGAUCCUGAAGAGCGGUUCUCGGCACUGGCAACAGCUUUCUGUCCUGGUGAUGGACAGGAAGCCAAGGACCCUAAUGCUUUAUACACGACUCCCAUGGAGCUGCACAAAUGGAUUAAAAUCAUGCUUGAUGCGUACAAUCUCAACACAGAAGAUUCCGACAUUAGGGAAGCCAAACAAAUGGCUCAGCCUGUUAUAAGGCUGUAUUUGGAGCACAGCAGCACAGCUCAAGAUUCUCUAAAUCUAAAGUGCUGCUCAUUUCAUCUCUAGAAAAGCACUACCAUCAGCUGCCAAGUUCAUACUAUGGACUAAACUGCAGUUUUAUGAUAAAGCUUAAGUUCUCAACGGUGAAUUGCAGGAGUAAAUGGCAUCGCACAUCUUUGUCUUCAUUAUUGACUCUCUUCUCCAAUUUUGUGGGACUGGGGUAGCCAAGCUUCCGUUCUAGUUAUAUUUUUAUUGGCGAGCAAGGAUGGAGGUGGUGGGGAGGUCAAAAGGUUGUCAUUCUUCUUGUCUUGACCAUGGGGAUUUGUACUCUGUAUUUUGAAACGCUAUAACAUCAUAAAUCAAAGUUCAUGACUUUUUGUUUCUAGGUAAAGAAAUUAUAACAGAAUGAGGGGGGAAAAAACCUUUGAUUUGAUGCUUGGACAGCUCAAUUUGGCAUGCGAAGAC